CAAAAAUGGAAAUUGUUAGUUUCCGUCACAACACAGCACAGGCUAGUGAGACUCGUUUUUUCUCCAUCGGUUCUUCAGUUUUCACUUCCUGUCUCGUUUCGAUCCGUGCCACCGCUCGGACCAGUUAGGCUCAUGGCGUCGCUAUGGACUCAACUAAUCUCCAUGGCCUCCCUACUUCUAUCCCUUGCGCGGUGGGUACCUGUCUCCGGUGACUCCAGCAACGUGUUACUCUUACCAAGUCCUCAUCACGAGGGCUCUCGCCCUGCCAUGAUUCUCCCCCUACAUCACUCCGUUCCCGAUUCUUCCUUCUCUCACUUUAAUCCACGUCGUCAACUCAAGGAAUCCGACUCAGAACACCAUCCCAACGCUCGCAUGAGACUGUACGAUGAUCUCCUUCGAAACGGCUACUAUACGGCGCGGCUUUGGAUCGGCACUCCUCCGCAGAGGUUUGCUCUUAUUGUUGAUACGGGGAGUACUGUUACCUAUGUUCCGUGCUCUACUUGUAGACACUGUGGUAGCCACCAGGAUCCAAAGUUCCGACCAGAAGAUUCAGAAACCUAUCAACCUGUUAAAUGCACAUGGCAGUGCAACUGUGACAAUGACAGGAAGCAGUGCACGUAUGAGAGACGGUAUGCUGAAAUGAGUACUAGCAGUGGGGCCCUUGGUGAGGAUGUUGUAUCCUUUGGAAAUCAGACUGAGCUUUCCCCCCAACGUGCCAUUUUUGGCUGUGAAAAUGAUGAGACUGGUGAUAUUUAUAAUCAGCGUGCUGAUGGCAUCAUGGGUUUGGGCCGUGGAGAUCUAAGUAUUAUGGACCAACUGGUUGAGAAAAAGGUGAUAAGUGAUUCGUUCUCACUGUGCUAUGGUGGAAUGGGUGUUGGUGGUGGUGCUAUGGUUCUUGGUGGCAUAUCUCCCCCAGCUGACAUGGUCUUUACACGUUCAGAUCCUGUUCGAAGUCCAUAUUACAAUAUUGAUUUGAAGGAGAUACAUGUUGCGGGGAAGCGACUGCAUUUAAACCCAAAGGUUUUUGAUGGAAAACAUGGAACUGUCUUGGAUAGUGGCACAACUUAUGCAUACCUACCAGAAUCUGCAUUUCUUGCAUUUAAACAUGCUAUUAUGAAGGAAACACAUUCGUUGAAGCGAAUAAGUGGUCCAGAUCCACGUUAUAAUGAUAUAUGUUUUUCUGGUGCAGAAAUUGAUGUCUCUCAAAUCUCUAAAAGCUUUCCGGUGGUUGAAAUGGUAUUUGGAAAUGGUCACAAGUUGUCACUGUCUCCUGAAAAUUACUUGUUUCGGCAUUCAAAAGUGCGAGGUGCGUAUUGUCUAGGGGUUUUUUCAAAUGGCAAUGAUCCAACUACUCUUUUAGGAGGUAUUGUUGUUCGUAACACUCUUGUAAUGUAUGAUCGUGAGCAUACAAAAAUUGGUUUCUGGAAAACUAAUUGUUCUGAGUUAUGGGAAAGACUACAUGUGUCAGAUGCCCCACCACCCUUGUUGCCUCCAAAAUCUGAGGGAACAAAUUUAACCAAAUCAUUUGAGCCCUCUAUUGCUCCAUCUCCAUCACAGUAUAAUUUACAGCUAGGUGAACUCCAAAUUGCUCAAAUAAUAGUUGUUAUUUCGUUUAACAUCAGCUACAUGGAUAUGAAGCCUUACAUCACAGAAUUGACUGGACUCAUUGCUCAUGAAUUAGAUGUUAAUAGUUCACAGGUUCACUUAAUGAAUUUUUCUUCUCUUGGAAAUGGUUCUCUCUCUAAAUGGGUCAUAACACCGAGGCCAUAUGCUGAUUUCUUUUCUAAUGCUACUGCAAUGAGUAUGAUUGCCCGGCUUUCUGAACAUCGUAUGCAACUUCCUAACUCAGUUGGAAGUUAUAAGUUAGUUGAUUGGAAUGCCGAGCCUCCAUUGAAACGGACUUGGUGGCAGCAAUAUUAUUUGGUUGUGGCUUUAGCUGUUUUGCUUACAUUCGUUCUAGGAAUAUCAACCUUAGGAAUAUUCUUAAUUUGGAAAAAAAGACAGCAAGCUGAGCACUCAUACAAGCCAGUUGAUGUAGCUGUUCAAGAGCAGGAACUUCAGCCAUUAUGAGCUUCGUUUGUACUACCACUGCUUAAUGGUUUGCCUGAUUAGCGUGGCUGGCAUAUUCGAGUCCAUUAAUGCGUGAGCAAUAUACACAAUCAUAUAGUCAUACAACGGAUCAAGAUUUUGGUUUCUAAGAAAUCGAGUUGUCUAUCAUGAUAUAAUGAAACCCCCAUAGAUGUAUAUAAAGAAUUCUUUAGAAGUUGUAUCAUCUGCAAACGCAAUUUUGUUUGUGAUCAUUGUAAUAUAUAGCGGUGAAUCACGAGGGAGGGGGGGGGGGUAAUGUUUAUAUUUUUUGUUUAGUUAUUGCAUUUUGCUUAUUGGUCAUGGGUUCGAAUCCGGAAACAGUCUCUUUGCAUAUGCAAGGGUAAGGCUGCGUACAACAUCCCUCCCCCAUACCUUCGCAUAGCGAAGAGCCUCUGGGCAAUGGGGUACGAAGUUUUUAUUGCAUUUUGCUUGGUUUAUAUCUUACUUUUCUGUUCACGUUUUUCUAAUUUUGGUUCAAUGAAAUUAAUCCUCAUUCUUGUAUCGCA